AUGUCGCUGACGAGGAGCGUUUGUCAAGAACUCUGCGAAUUUGUUCAGAACAAGCCCAGUUCCGUACUCGGACAGAAGUUCUUUGACCUGCGCGCGGUUUUUCAGGCGGAGACUUCCUACAAAACCGAUAAAUUUGAAACACGAGUAAUCGCACUAUCGAAAUUUCGCGUUUUUCUGCUGCAAGGAAAGACUCCGGGCUCCAUCAAGAUCGACCGUUCCUUCCAUGUUUUGACGAUUCGAUCUAUCCAAAUAGUCAGUGAGGAUGAGCUGGCACUGACAAUCGACGAAGGCGGUAGCCGACGACGCGUCGUGCUGAAAGGAAAUCCAGCCAAUACCGUCGCCACGCACUUUUUAUCUGCCAUCAAGCAUUAUUUCCCGGACAUUGGCCCAGUUUUGCGGAAUUUGGUCGAUGUCGAGCCAAAGACGUUAUGGAACGCGUUUGACGAAAUCAAGAUCGAGGUGACUCCUCGCCCAUGCCACUCCUUCAGACGAACCUACGCGGCCCUUUGUGACUAUUUUGAUCAGCCAUAUCGAGAAGAAGUAUCAUGGGAUGUCGAGAAAAUAUAUACGAUAAAUCAAAUCACCGAGCUGCGGAUCGAAGAUUUCUCUCACUUGCUUCCCAAGGACCUGUUACCGAUAGUGGGCGUGCUGCAAUAUUCCUCAUAUUUCACCGGAUUGACGGUUGAUGGCUUAAAAUUACCGCCAGAUUUGGUUGAUGUGAUUCUCAGCGUCAUUCGUCGCUCCCAAUGGCUGACACAUUUGCGUUUGGUCAAUUGCGGAUUGCCGAAAGACUUUAUCACCCUUUUCUGCUCGGCCGUUCAGCAAAAUGUCAACCUACCACUGGAGAUCCUGAAUUUGGCAAAGAACGUCUUCGAUGACAAGAAAGGGUUCCAUGCUCUCUCGACCUGCAUGCCACGGCUUGUCUCCUUGCGUGAAGUGUAUAUGAAUGAAUGCGGACUCACGGAUAAAUGCUGUUCGCUACUUUCCGCGGCGCUUUAUGGAGCGCUUUCGCCCAACAAAAUCUCUACCUCAAUGCAACUUACCCAUCUCUGCCUUUCGAAGAACAGCCUGAAUGGCGAUUCAUCGUCACUGGUCAACCUCGUCUCGCUUUGUAAUUCAUUGCGUGUGCUCGACGUUUCCGACACUCAACUAUCGCUUGACAAAUUGUGGCCAGCCCUGAAAUAUGGCGGCUUGCAAGUGGAACGACUGAUUUUGUCUGGCUGUCAAGUCGGGUCAAAGAAGGUGCCCCCAGAGCUGUCACAAACUGUGAAGGAAUUCUUUGCCAUGGCCGUCGGGCUGGUGGAGGUGGACUUCUCCCAUACCGUACUCCCCACCGAGCUGAAACCCUUCACAUUGACACUGAAUGGAUCAGUAGAACGGGGAGCAGCUCCUGUGCUUGAAGCUGGAUUACCUGGCGUUUCCGCCCGUGUACUGUCUUUACGAGACAACAAUUUUGAAGCGGAAAUGCUGGGUGUCGUCUCGGCGUUGGCGGGAAUGCCGGAGCUAAAACGUCUCGAUGUCGGCGGCUCCAAUCUCACGUCUCUGCGCAGAAGCGGCAAGCAGCAACACGUCCAUUCGAUCAACAAAAUCCUGCUCGAAUUGGUCAAACUGGUCGGAGAUGACGGGCAUUUGGAAGAGUUAGUCCUGUCUGAUGCGAGACUUGGUGCUCAUCUUUCCGUGCUGCUCAACACCCUUGGGGCGACCCCGUGCUUACGACAUCUCGAUAUAUCCGCCAACGAGAUGGGAAAUUUUGGAGCGCGUAUUCUCAGCAAGGCCCUUCAACUAAACGCCUCGCUCCGUACCAUCCUCAUUGACGGCAAUCAUAUCACGGCCGAUGGAUUCGCAGAUAUUGCCUCGGCUAUCCAGAGUAACUACACGUUGGUGACGCUGCCGUAUCCAGUGCUGGACGCCUGUGAAGCAAUCGUCCGUUCCGAUAAAGCGAAGACACUCAACGCCCUUUCUCAAAUAGAAACUGUGCUGGAGAGAAAUAACGCCCAUUCCGCGCCAGCUAGCGCCAAUUUCAAGAGAGCGCUGUUCACGUUGAAUCAGCAAUCUGAUGGGAUGAGCUGGGACUCUGUCUGUGCUGCGGAGGGCGUGCUUCGCGCUGUCGCUGAUCAGCCACUACCGUUGAAGCUGAGAGCGGAUACGAUUACUUUUGUGGAGCAGCUACGUACGCAAAUGAGAGCGCAUCUCAAGGAGACGUUUUCGCAUGGCGAUGAAGAACCGAAUUCUCGAGCCAUCACGAACCUCGAAAAUUUGGCCUGUGAUCGUUUGAAAGAGCUGCUGGUCCGAGAUAUUGGAUCUGUCUAUGCGGAAUGGAAAUGGCGUUCUGCAUGCUCAACGGCAGAGGGAGUACUUCGAUCCGGCGGAUGCACCAACUCGGGUAGCGGAUCGAUGACCGGUUCGUCAUCUCACGGCGGCGGCUCGCCCAGCUCGGCCAUGGCCUCGCCUAGGACUUUCCCGAGACAGGAUGGUCACAGACCAAGAAGCAUUGUCGGAGAUCUAAGCUCUCAUUCCGGGGAGGCUGGUCUAACGCUAGAGGCACCGCCAAAACCGUCCGCCCUCGUUCAUCUCGCAAAAGGGCGCCCGAAGCCGCAAAGACGAGCGCAACUUGGAAAGGAGCGCAGUGCGUCAACUCCCUCCGACGACAUGGGCCGCAGCGUCUGUGAAGUGGUUUGCGAAACCGACGAGGAGGAGCGAAAAGACGAGAGCGGUGAUGAACGCACGAAAAAGCCACUCAGCGAUCGCCCAAUGUUCCGCGUUGCCAUGCUGCCAGAAGCGGCCGCCAUGGCCGCACAACUCCGUCCCGCCGCCGAUCGAAGCAUUGGCAGCCCGAAAUUUGGCGACAAGCACGAGCAGCCCCUUGACGCGACUGGGAAGGCUCCAUUAUCGCCGAAUGACGAGAGCCCGCCACCGCUUCCACGGCGAAACAAAAUUCCGGAUGAGCCAUCAUCACCUGCGCCGCCAUGCCUACCACCAAAGCCAUCGGAUAGUCGGUUCGCCUUUGGGCCGGUCAAAAUAUCGGGGCUGACGAACGGCCGAGCAGACGGCAACAAUGCCCCGCUUCGCACCGGUGUCGCCCAGCUCCCCCAUGUCCCGCCGCCAGAUUCCCGUCGAACUGAAGACGAUGAAAACGCUAACGUCGAGGGCUCACCGACAAAUCGUCGCAGUGUGGCCGACAUGACCCGGCUUUUUAACCGC